ACAGCCAGAAACCAAUUAAUAUAUAAGUACUCAUUUUCUUGUUCGUCCAAAAUAAGGAAUUAAACAGUUUCAUCAUCGUCGUCGACGUUCAUCAAUGGCAGAUGCAGCAAAGAGGUACGCAGUUGUUACGGGAUCAAAUAAGGGGAUUGGAUUCGAAACAGUAAGGCAGUUAGCGUCGAAGGGAAUAAAGGUUUUGCUAACUGCUAGAGAUGAGAAGAAGGGCCUCGAAGCUCUUCAUGCCUUGAAGGAGUUUGGUCUUUCUAACGACGACGUCGUUUUUCAUCAGCUUGACGUGGCUGACCCCGCAAGUGUUGCUUCAAUGGCGGAUUUCGUCAAAACCCACUUUGGAAAACUUGAUAUCUUGGUGAACAACGCAGCGAUUUUGGGAGCCAAAAUAGACUUUGAUGCCAUCUCGUCUUUUAUCAAGCUGGCGCCAAAUGCAGAACUGCAGGAACAAGCAACUGUACCAGUAAAUGAUCUUAGUGCAAUAAUGUCUCAAACUUAUGAGUCAGCAGAAGAAUGCGUGCAAACCAACUACUACGGUGCUAAAAGAGUAGUAGAGUUGCUUCUCCCCCUCCUCCAAUUGUCUGAUUCACCAAGAGUCGUCAACGUUACCACCUCUGCUGCAAAGUUAGAGAACAUAAAUAGUGAAUGGGCUAAAGGAAUAUUAAUUGAUGACAAGAGGCUAACAGAAGAGAGAGUGGAUGAAGUACUGCAUGAGUUUCUGAAAGAUAUGAAGGAGGGUUCCUUGGAAACCAAAGGUUGGCCUCCUCAUUCAUCUGCUUAUAUUGUCUCCAAAGCUGCUCUGAAUUCCUACACAAGACUUCUUGCCAAGAGAUACCCCAGUUUCUGCAUCAAUAGCGUCUGUCCUGGCUUUGUCAAAACUGAUAUAACCAACAACACCGGUAUCUUGUCUGCUGCUGAAGGUGCUUCAUAUUCUGUGAGGUUAGCGUUGCUGCCGAAAGGUGGUCCUUCGGGCGUCUUCUUUCGUCAGGAAGAAGCAACACUUUACUAGAUUGAAAAUUAGAUCCUUAAUCCUUUUCAUAUGGAUCGGAUCGAUGAAAUAAAAAUUGUUGUUCUUCAUCUUAGAUCAAUCAUCUCCUACGUCUUUUGUUAUUUCUAGUUGCAUGUGUUGAUCAUGUGACUUGUGCAUGAUCUCAAGUGGCUGUCUAUAGCUAAAUAAUGGGUUCAUUGGUAAGUCUUGUGACUUUCUAUGAACUCUCUACCUUUCAUGCGUAUGAAUUUCUGCUAAAUAUUUGAACAUGAAUAUUAAUAUUUGGAUUUUUGAUUUUU